AUGGGUGGCCAGAACAGAGAAGGUAUCUAUCUCCCGGACUGCGGCAAGAUCAAGCCCUUGAAGGCGCCCAAGAAGCAGCAGAAGGACCUCGAUGAGGACGACAAGGCUUUCCUCGAGAAGAAGAGGGCAGACGAGAAGGCUCGCGCGGAGCUGGCCAAGAAGGCUGGCGGCAAGGGACCUCUGAACACUGGUGGUCAGGGCAUCAAGAAGAGCGGCAAGAAAUAA